UGAUUCUUGAGAAAAAGAUCAUGAAAAUAUGACAAGUUUUUGACACAUUAAUCAGGAAAAUCUUAUCAAGUUAAUUGUUUUUGUAAAGUAAUUAUAUGAUAUUUAGUGAGGUUUUUUUUUUAUAUUUUUUUAACUUUACUUAAAUCUCUGUAAACUAGAUUAUCGAAAAACAAUAUCGAAAGCAGAACAUCAAUAUUAAAAAAAAUAAACCUUUCAAAAACGAAAGUAGGCGAUGAUUGUUAAUUGUGUUUAAAAAAUAAACAGCUAAUAAAACCAAUCAUCGUUUGAUAAAUUCAAUAACACCUAAUUGAUUAGUCUAUUUUUAGCCACUGCAUUGUGUAGGCAUGUAAAGUACUUUGUAUUUUAGUAGAAAUGCGGCUAUGGCGCACGAAACAUGCUUUUUGAAUACGAGGCGAGCAUUAUGCAGUUCAAUUGGAAUUAAUGCAAUACUUUUCAGUGUGCUUCUCGUUUUGCAAUAUUUCUACGACAUUAGGAAGGAUGAUGGCAAUGCAACAGAAGAAUUAGGUGCACACGCCAAUGGUCAGCUGGCAAAGAAUUAUUUCUCUGACUUUAUAUCGGUGUCGGAUAAUACUCUCUGUGUAAAGUGUGGAUAUUUAGGGGAAAACAUUUCAGCUGAAGAAACCCUGUACAAUCAAAUAUUGAUUUCAAAAAAUGGGUCACGGAUGUGCUGUUUGGAAGAUGGAAGCCUAGCAAGCCUUGCACGAAAGGUUUUGAAAAUAGGUGAUAGUGAAAAACCGAUCGACAAAGAUUCUUUUUCUUGGUGGAGAGAAAGGCCAAAUUCAGCACACUUGUAUCUGAAAGAUUGGUACCGGACUCAGUUGCACUGGACGGCUACCGAAGAAACUGGAUCCGCCUUUUCAAAAUUACCAAUCGUAGAUCAGAACAAACUUGUCAUUGAAAAAACUGGACACUAUUUUGUUUAUGCCGCCGUCGUCUUUGAUUUUAGAACCGUCACUAAAGUUCCACAGAUCUACUACAACAUCACUAGCUUCCUACCCGUAAUUUCUCGGUUCACAUUUGUUUUGAUGGGUAAGUAUGGCGGGUCUCCAUUCUCGGAAAAGCGACAUACGGGCUAUCUGUGUGGAAUAUCGAAGUUCUACAAGGGACAUCAGAUCUCAGUAUCUGUCAGUGACCAUAGUUUUAUAGAUAACACCCCUUACGCGAAUUUCUUCGGAAUACUUAUGCUGUGAGAAGUUUGGAAACUCAACGGAAAUCUAAUAUGUUUGCGAUAUAUUCGAUUGUUUUCUCUACCAAUUUCUUAUAUUAUAUAUAUUAAAAAAUUUUUAACCAUCUAGAGAAAUUGGUUACUAGUAUAGUGUUUUGUAAUCAUAUUAAUAUUGAAAUUUUGUGUUAUGAUAAUAAAGAAAAUUACACUAUG